AUUAACUAACUUAGCUAGUUGGUUUUAUCUUCAUUGUUUGCCCCUGACCUGACUAACGUCUGACAGUCCAAUUCCAAACCCAUCUAUCCUGCAUCAAUCAAAUCAUUUAAAUCAUCAAUCAGUAUCAUCAAUCCACCAUGUCCGACUCCAUCCCCUCCGCCCACCCCGAUGAACAUCAUCAACACCAACACCCCACCAACGCUGAAGACCGCAAAGCCGCCGCUGCCCUUUCCGCCCUCAACCCCAGCCACAUCGCCCCCGACACCCCCAAGUCCUCCUCCACUCCCUCCGCUGCUGACCAGGAAGCUCUGGGUCAGGCAAUGAGUCGCUUGGAGAUCGCCUCGGGACAAACUGGUGGUGCUGGUCGUGGUGGCGUGCAGAAGCCGGUUGAAGCCCAGAAGAGGGUUCCGGUGGAAGGGGCUAAGAAGAAGGCGGUUAAGGUGGCGGUGGAGGAUGUGAAUCUUUUGGUAUGUCAAUACCUAGGAGAACGGUUUGGGUGGAGGCUAAUGGCGAUGGUGGACAAGGUCGAGGAGUUGGAAUUGAAUAAGAGCACUGCGACCGAGUUGUUAAGAUUGCAUGGUGGGAAUGUGGUGGACGCCAUGAGAGCCUUUGUCUCUGUUGAUCCGGGUCUGUGAGUAUACGAGUGCGGUAGGUUGAGUGCUG